GGCUCAGUAAGUUUGUGCACAGGGAUGCGGGCGCACAGAGAAGCCUGAAAAUGGCUCUCCAUUGGAUUUAUUCAUCCCUUCUCACCAUUAUCUUGCUCAUACCUACCCAGGCCUUGCGGAAUUAUCCGGACAACGAAGUUACUCUGCUAGACUCCAUGUCCGCCCUGGGAGAUCUGGGCUGGGAGGCGUACCCUGCUGAAGGGUGGGAGGAGAUCAGCGUGAUGGACGAGCGGAACACGCCCAUGCGCACCUACCAGGUGUGCAACGUGAUGGAGGCCAACCAGAACAACUGGCUGCGCACCAGCCACAUCCCGCGCGACGGGGCCCAGCGGGUCUACAUCGAGAUCAAGUUCACCCUCCGCGACUGCAACAGCCUGCCCGGGGUGCCGGGCACCUGCAAGGAGACCUUCAACAUGUACUACUACGAGUCCAACAACGCCAACCUGUGGUUCAUCAAGGAGAGCCAGUACGUCAAGAUCGACACCAUAGCCGCCGACGAGAGCUUCACCCAGGUGGACGUGGGCGACCGCGUGAUGAAGCUCAACACCGAGGUGCGGGACGUGAGCAACCUGAGCAAGAAGGGCUUCUACCUGGCCUUCCAGGACGUGGGCGCCUGCAUCGCCCUGGUGUCGGUGCGCGUCUUCUACAAGAAGUGCCCGCUGACGGUGCUCAACCUGGCGCGCUUCCCCGACACGGUGACGGGCGGCGACUCGGCCCUGGUGGAGGUGCGGGGCGCCUGCGUGGACGACUCGGAGGAGCUGGAGGCCCCGCGCAUGUACUGCAGCGCCGACGGCGGCUGGCUGGUGCCCAUCGGGCGCUGCGUCUGCAAGGCGGGCUUCGGGGAGCACGAGGGCCGCUGCCAGCCCUGCAGGCCGGGAUUCUACAAGGCCUCGGCCCUGGACGCCUACUGCGCCAAGUGCCCCCCCCACAGCCACUCCCCCCAGGACAGGGCCUCGGAGUGCGCCUGCGAGAAGGGCUACUACCGCGCCGAGCUGGACCCCCGCUCCAUGGCCUGCACCAGGCCUCCCUCGACCCCCGAGAGCCCCAUGUCCACCAUCAAUGAAACCUCGGUGACCUUGGAGUGGAGCCCACCCCGUGACAGUGGCGGCCGGGGGGACGUCACCUACAGCAUCCACUGCAGGAAGUGCUCGGAGGACGGCAGGAAGUGCGGCCCCUGCGGGAGCGGGCCCCACUUCGUCCCCCGUCAGUUCGGCCUGUCCCUCCCCAAGGUGCAGGUGACCGACCUGCUGCCCCACACCAACUACACCUUCAGCAUCGAGGCCCUGAACGGCGUGUCCGACCUGAGCCCCAGUCCCCGGCAACUCGUCUCCGUCAACAUCACCACCAGCCAGACGGUGAGUGUGAUCCUGAAGGAGAGGAAGAGCAAAGACAGCAUCACACUCACAUGGCAGGGGCCAGAGAGGGCCAAUGGGGCCAUUGUGGAAUACGAGGUCAUCUACUACGAGAAGAACCAGAGAGACCAGAACUACACGGUCCUGAAGACCAAGUCCAACGUGAUGACCGUGGACGGGCUGAAGCCCGGCACCACCUAUGUGUUCCGUGUGAGGGCGCGCACGGACGGCGGCUACGGGAACUACGGCGGGGAGAUCGAACUGGAGACCAGUCACGAGGACAUGCUAGCCAUUGGAGAUCCCAACCAGUCCACCAUCCUGGCUGUGUCCAUUGCAGGAGGCAUCGUGCUGCUUGUGCUCUUGGUCGCAUGCUUCGUUGUGAGCGGGAGACACUGUGGGUACAUAAAAGCAAAGCAGGACCCUGACGAAGAAAAGAUGCAAUUUCAGCAUGGAAGAGUCAACCUCCCGGGGAGCAGGACAUACAUUCACCCCCACACGUACGAGGACCCCAAUCAAGCCAUCCGCGAUUUCGCCAAGGAGAUCGACGUCUCCAGCAUCCGCAUCGAGCGAGUGAUAGGCGCAGGUGAGUUCGGGGAGGUAUGCAGCGGGCGCCUGAAACUGCCCAGCAAGCGCGAGAUCUACGUGGCCAUCAAGAGCCUGAAGGCGGGCUACUCAGAACAGCAGAGGCGGGACUUCCUGAGCGAGGCCAGCAUCAUGGGCCAGUUCGACCACCCCAACAUCAUCCGCCUGGAGGGCGUGGUCACCAGAUGUAAGCCAGUGAUGAUAAUUACUGAAUACAUGGAGAACGGGUCCUUGGAUACCUUCCUGAAGAAACACGACGGGCAGUUCACGGUCAUCCAGCUGGUGGGGAUGCUGAGGGGCAUCGCCGCCGGCAUGAGCUACCUCUCGGAGAUGAACUACGUCCACAGAGACCUGGCCGCGCGCAACAUCCUGGUCAACAGCAACCUGGUGUGCAAGGUGUCCGACUUCGGGCUGUCGCGCGUGCUGGAGGACGACCCCGAAGCGGCCUACACCACCAGGGGGGGGAAGAUUCCUAUUCGCUGGACGGCGCCAGAGGCCAUCGCAUACAGGAAGUUCACCUCCGCCAGCGACGUGUGGAGCUACGGCAUUGUCAUGUGGGAGGUCAUUUCCUACGGGGAACGCCCUUACUGGGAGAUGUCCAAUCAGGAUGUGAUAAAGGCGAUAGAUGAGGGCUACCGCCUGCCCGCCCCCAUGGACUGCCCGGUGGUCCUGCACCAGCUGAUGCUGGACUGCUGGGAGAAGGGGCGCAGCGAUCGGCCCAAGUUCGCCCAGAUCGUCGCCUCCCUAGACAAGCUCAUCCGUAACCCCAGCAGCCUCAGGCAGCUGGCCAACAGUUCCGUCUGGGACGACCCGCCCACGCCGGAACCCAACAUCAGCACGGUGGACGACUGGCUCGAGUCCAUCAAGAUGGGUCAAUACAAGGAGCACUUCUCUGGCGCAGGCUACACCAGCCUGGACUCAGUGCUCUAUGUCAACAUGAGUGACUUGGGAAGAAUGGGUGUGGUUCUGGCAGGACACCAGAAGAAAAUACUCAGCAGUAUACAAAUCCUGCAGGCACAGCAAGGGAAUCACGUCCACGUAUAACCCCCCCCGCCCCACCCAACGGUCACGAUGACCCCUCUGCCCCGACCCCCUCUCCCAGGGAAAAGAGCCUCCAUGCUUGUGUUCUGAGUGCGUCUUUUUUCACCAGCCAUCCCACAUCUGUACAUCCGUCCGUCCGUCUGUCCGUCUGUCCAUCCGUCCCUGCACGCAGACCCUCGGUAAACCCCAGACGGGAGCUGUGAUCGGGGACCGGGUUAGAAACUGUCACUCAACAAAAAAAAAAAAAAAAAAAGAAGAAGAGAAAACAAAAAAAAAACAAGACAUUUACUAGUGCUGCUUGUGCAGGUUUGUGUGAAGUUGUGCGUACAUCAUGCGUUGCUGUUUAAUCUGGUUGUUUUGCUUUGGGGUUUUCAUAUUAUUUACCUCAGAAGUAAGGAAAUCUUGUCUGUACAGAGCAGUGUUUUUAAAGUGUGCGCUGUUCGUCUGUUCAGAAGUGAAAUUUCAAACUUCAAACUCUAUUGCUCCAAGGGACCAGAUCACAUGACAAACAAUGGGAUUCGAAGAGCCUCAUCUCACGCCUGACCUGAUUACGUGAGGGUGCAGAUUUUUAUUUCAUGUCGUUUUGCGAACACCACUUUACAGGUACUUUUUCCUUCUGUCCCAGAAACUCAACUCGUAUUCACAGGUUAUAAUAUAGAGCCACGGUGUAUAUAUUUGCCCCAUGUUCGUACAGUAACCUCUCCUGAUAUCCUUGUUUCGAGGUUGGCAUGAAAUACUGAUGAAAGAGGUAUGUGUGGAUGUAAGACCCCCACAGUCAGUGUCUUACUGUCCCAAGUGAUCAAAGUCCGUUCCUUCAUUGGCCCCCGUUACGACCUCCACGCCCGCGCCUGACCGGAGGGACCGGAGGUAGCCAGCUAACAGAACUGCGGCCCAUCGCGCCAGUCAGCGGUGCUGGAGGGGAGCUUCCCCGGUCAGGCAGGGUGUCCGGCCGCGGCUCCCCUUUAACGCGCGUAACCGCAGGAGGGGCGGAGCGUAGUAAGCGCCUCGCGGGCAAACCAUUAACUUAGUGGCAAUAUCUCCCCAGUGUGGAAUGUAUGUCUCUUUGGGACGAUACGCUUUGUCCCAGUUUCGCUUGUCUCUUCCAGACCGCUCACACACAGUCCCCCUCAGAAGACGUUUCAGUGCUUCCAGGUUAAACACAGACAAGCAGAUAGCAGACAUAAGAGUAAAUCAGGUCUAGGACGUACUACGGGAACCAGAGAAUGAUUUUUUGUGAAGUUUGUGCGUGUGUGGGCAUGUGCGCGUUUGUGUGCGUGUGUGCGUGUGCUGAUAGGGUAUGGUUCCAUUUGCAGAAAGCUUUGCUUGAAUGAUUCUUGAACAUUGUCAAUGGCCUGCACGAUAUAGAAUGUAUAUUUGUUGCAAAAGUGUGUGGCCUUGUGUCAUUUUAAGAGCCAGUUCUCAACUGUCCAUUUCCUCACAGUUUUACAGACAGUUUCCGUUCUGUUGCUUACCUGGAAAAACAAAGGGAAACGACUUCAUUGCGUCUGAAGAGUGCGAUGUGACCCAUAGCAUAUUUAAUGAUGAGUACUGAAGUCUCUCACAACUGAAGGAAUCCAGGAAGUUUAUGUGGAGUGUGCAGCCAAGCCACGUCCAUGCCCUGUUUUCUUCUCCCCCACAACAGAGCACCAUACCUUCUCACGACAAAGGAGAUGUUACCAUACCCGACUUCAAGAUUUAAAAGGAAAAAAAAAGAUUGUACCAUAGUGUAAAAAAAUGUACAGUGUUGACUUAAAACUCUAGAAUGUUUGUAAGUAUGAACUUUUUCUUUAGAACGAAGAGAAAAUCUAGCUGUGAAUUAAGGCUAGACAACCCCCCCCCCCCAUGUGUGUUCCCCCCACCCUUCCCUCCCUGCCCCCCUCCCACCGAGCUUUGAUGUUGGAGGAGCACUGGUGUGUGAAUGUAGCAUGGAUGCUAAGCUCCGUCUAUCUAUUGAAAAAUCCCUGCGACGUGCCACAGCCUUGCAUUGUUCACUGUGGCAUUGGUCGUGAUGCGAUGAUGUCGCAGUGCUGCAGGAACAGCCGUGAGGUCGUGACACAUUAGCUGGGAGAUAAUGGUGCCUGCAGUUUUACUGAAGCGCUCAACUCAUCUUCACAGUGUUCAGAUGCCUCCCUGGCAAGCCCUUCAGAAACAAUAUCUUCACUCGUGUAUGUGAAACCUUUAAAUUUAAACCCCAUAAAUUGAUGCAUUUGUGCUGACUUUGCAUAAAUUUCUCUGACCCAGAACCUGAUUUUCAGCGAUGUGCUGAAAGGCUGUAUUAUUAGCGGUUGGGUCGAUGAGGAGUGGGGUACUGGUUCAUUCCAAAAGUGGAAAAAUAGAGUUUGGGCCUUUAUAAAUUAUAGAUAUGAAUAUGAUUUGUGUGUAAACGAGCACAGGCUGAAGGCUUCGCACGCUGCUCUGGGGACUGGUGUAGCACGUUUCUGCCAGCCACGGCUUCUGGCAAGGCCGCCCAAUCUCACCACUGCAGGAGGUCGGAGGUCACCUGUCUGUGACUGACCCUGCCACGGACUGCGUUCGCAGGAAAAUAAAUUAAUAAACAAGCUUGAAAAAGUGUUACUCACCAAAAAAAUAAAAUCCUUCAUCAAGGUGUUCCCAUGGUUACCUCCACAUCCCACUCUCACGCAUUAACAAAAGAGGCGCUAAUUCAGAAUUUAUGCCAGAUAUAAAAUGAAAGGGGCAAAUAUCCUAUUAAUCAGACACAUUUGAGAUGACGAUAAUGGAGUAUAAUGAUAAUUAUUAUUAAUUAUUCUUUUUUGUUGGAGAAAGCUGUGGAUGCCUUAUUUCUCCUGGCAGUAAUGAAUGUAUUUAUCUGGAGUAUUCAUAUAGAUAAGGCCUUCACUGCUAUCUAUAAGCCUGGCACGUCUGCCCUCCCUUCAGCUAGUGGGUGCUAAUUCAUUGUGAUCUCCUCUAAAUUGCCAAAUUACUGGAGCAUAAGUGUCUAUUCAUACCCUCGGUUUUCCAAACAGCAGCAACAACAAUGAAUAAUUAAUUACAAAAAUGCAAAAUGCAUUUAAUGAAGAGCCACAAUCAGAGCUUCUCAGGCUUCCCUGAAAUUUAUUCCCUCGCAGAAAUGAGCUAAUCAUGGUUGCACCAUUUCAUGAUAAAGUAUUGAAAUGCUGAGAUGUUCCCCCAUGAUAUUUCUGUGUGAACUCUGUGUUUCUUUUUUCCAUGUUCAAACUCUCCUGUAAAUUGCAUAUUUUAUGGCCAUUAAUUUUAAAUUCAUACAUGGUAAUGAUCAUUUUCCAGAUUGUUCACAUUCUGCUACCAUAUCAAAGAGCCUGGUUUCAUCUAAUUCCUCCAAGAUAAAGUUGGGUAACACUGAGAUGAGUGUGUGAGUGCGUGUUUAUACGUACAGGGAGUGAUUUUAUUUCUCAGUUUAAUCAGACAAAAUUGUUACCAUCUGUUCCUUUAGGGAAAGAACUGGUUCAACUGAACCUUGAUUGCGCAACAUGUUAUCAAAGAUGGCACUCCAGAAAGAGAAAUCCAAGGCAUUUUUUUGUUUUUAAAAUUAAUUUACAAAUAAUUACACUAUAUAGCUAAAUUGUUAGGAGAAUUGAUCUAAGGGCUUGACAGCGAUGCUGAAUUAAUUAAUUUUCCAGUCAGUGUGGUAAAUCAGCCUCUUUACUGUCCUCCAAUGCGAAAAUGAUUCACCGGCUGCCCCAAGACUAUGGACAGAAACAUUGGUAAGGACAAAAAAAAAUCCAAUCAAGCCUGAAAUAGAAAGUGAUUGGCAGUUGAGGGAAUUACCCACAAUCACCCUGGGUAACUUGAUUGUGAUGUAAUGAUGUCAGGGGCAGGCUGUUCUGCAGAGACUGACAUGCCAUGUCAAGGAUGAAAUCACUCAUUCCACUAACAGUGACCCUGCCUCUGUCAAUUUAGAAAUGUUGGUAAAGAGACCAAGGCCCUGCCUCCAAUAAUAAUGCAUUUAAGAUUACUUACUGAAUUAGUGCAAACUUUUUUUCCACCUACAAUUUGGCAUCUUGAUUUAAUCCCAGAUCAGGGAGUGUGUCAUUAACUGAUGCUUUUAGCAGGAUCAGCCACCAGCAUUCAGCAUAAAUGUUUACACGCUUAACUUUGAAAAUAUCAGAUAAAGCCAUCUCAUAAUUUUAUUCUCUUAUUUCCUCUUCUUACCAUAAUCAAUGAGCAACAUGGGAAAGUAUGAACUUACAAAUUGACUAGAUCAAACACAGGGCUAAAAGUACUUCUCAACUAGUAUAAUUUAAGCAAAUGUAGUUUUUUGUUUUUUUAAAUAACAUCAAUUGUUGAAAAAAAUCAACUUACAAAGCAACUAUUCCACAGCUCUGUUAUCUGAGUCCACAGAGCAAAGGAAGGUGUGCUCAUGCCAAGCUGUGCUCCUUUCUCUCUCAGAACCAAGGAAAGGAAAAAAGUGCAAAAGCUCAAUCAUAGGUUUUUACAGACAUAAGCCUAAAACAAAUCCCAUGUCUAUGUUGGGCGCUCCUGGUAAAAGUGCAGCACUGUAAAUGCAAUUUAUUUAAACAUGCAGUUCCUUGACUGAUAAAUUCUUGUCCACAGCUGUCAGUAGCUUUUCACGAAGAUGAUGAUUUAUCCGUACCCCCCAACCCCAGUAAAGGUUUUAUGGUUGAAUUUCCUUCUUUUUUUGUACCCUGUGUCCAUUUGUUUACUUGCUGCAGGUUUAUAUGAGCUUGUUAAAGGUGUGUGCAUUUCAACUUCUUCAUGUCGCUGUAAUAAAUAUGCUAAUAUUUUUAAUUUCUCACCUGAA